GUCCCAAAUAUUCAAUCAAAGUUUUGGCACCUGCACUGCACGGCUGCACCACCACUUCAUCAACCUCACGUCACUCGAUCAUGGCCUCCUCAGCUCACAAGCAACACCACCUCUUACCAAACCUCUACGGCGGCGCCACUUCAGCUCCGCCGCCAACACCAUCAACCACCUCAAACAACCUCCUCUCCACUUUCGACGCCGCAGACACCCUCUCCCGCCUCCUCAACCGCCUCCCACCCAACCUCUCCCUCCCCACCCGCCGCUCCCCCACCCCCACAACCCCCACUUCUCCUCCCUCCAUCUCCCUCUCCUCACAAACCCCCAAUGACCUCCUCACCUCCAUUUCCCAACUCGGUUACGCCCAACUCACUAACAACCCCGUCCCCUCCCAACUCGCUAACUCAGCCGAGUCGGAAGCGCUCUCCCUCUUCAACCUCCCCCACGACCAGAAGGAGUCGUUAUUCCCCACCAACUGGCCUCUCGGUUACAACAACGGCAACGACGAUGACGACGACGAAAACAAACUCGGUGAGUCGUUCCGGCUUGACUCGUCGUGCUCACCCGAGUUACCACUCGGUUCUCUGCGCGAGUUCACUCGUGAGUUGGAGAAGAUGGGGUUGAAGAUCAUUGACAUGUUAACGAAUGCUUUGGAGCUUGAGAAUCCAGUUGGGGAAGAUGACCCGACCCGGUUUCAUUCUGUGAUGUGGGUUUCUGAAUGCUUACCCGGUAUUCGACCCGAUUCGAGUGGGUUUUACCCGUUUAUAGUCGGGUUGCAGUAUCAGAUUAGGUGUCAGAAGUACUCUUUGCUGUCGGAUUCGGGUUGGGUUUCGGUUUUGCCACACGUGGACUCCAUCUUGGUUACUGUUGGUGAUAUUGCUCAGGUGUGGAGCAAUGGCAAGUUAAAGAAAGUGAGAGGAAGACCAGUGGCCACAGUGGGAGAUGAAAAUGAUUCACGCUGCAUAACAAUGUCAUUGCUCAUAACUCUUCCCACAGAGAGCACUGUGGCUCCUCUCCCUCCCAAGGCAAUAGCCAUUGACAGCAAGGACCAAAAGGAUCAAGAAGGUGAAGAUAAAGAAAUCAAUGUGGAUGGUGAAGGAGAAAGAGAAGAAGAGAGGGUGUUCAACUCUUUUGACUUUGAGGACUAUGCUUGGAGAGUCUACCAUGAACGCCUUCUUUUCAAAGAUCCUCUCGAUAGGUACCGUGUCGCUUAAUUAAGAAGUUGAACUUGUCUCUCACCCUAUUAGUGCAUGUUUGAACAUUUUUUUACGGUUGAUUCUAUGAGUAGCUGCUGGGUUUCCGACUUGAUUCUAAUAAAAGAAAAUCUUUAUCCAAACAUGUUUAUUUUUUCAUUUUUCAGUCAUUGAUGAGUUUGUAUUUUAUUCAUUUGGCAUGGUAAUGUUACUAGUCCAGUGAAGUUUGAAUUUUGGGUGGUGAAAUAUUUAAAGUAGAAAUGAGAGGACCACGGUGAUGAAUGAGAUGUAUAUGCUUCAUUUAUUUAUUGGAUAAUUGGAUUGAUUUUGAAGAGUACUUCAAGUUAUAGAA